AUGGCCUUGGCGAUGCAGCAGGUGGUAGAUUGCCAAGAAGGGAGGGAGAAGGAGGUUGUUCCAAUAGAGAGCCGCCUGGACGCGGAAGGCGGGACUAGCGCUACCCUUGGGAUGAGCGCUGACCACGUGUCGGCAAAGGCCCUGUCGGUUGCCAAACAACACAACCGACCGGGUCCGACCAACCCUGAACCCAGCACCAUCUCCACGCCGCUGAACGUCAUUGUCGCUGCAACUGUGCAACCAGCGUGCAGCUCACACGCAUCCUGGAUGGCCCACCGAAGACAUGCCAGCAGCCAGCAUCAUGGUAGAACGCAGGCCAAGCAGUACAACGCACCACACCGCUACCCCGGCCAAUCAUCUCGACCCCUCCAACGCCCUGCUGCAUCUUGGUCGUCAGACUACAUCUCCGAGCCAGUCCACUCCGACGCGGACGACUACAUCAACUCGCACGAUCCAGAUCCAGCCCCAAGUCCUGCACGGUAUCAUGAAAGGCCCUCUCCGAUGAGUUCACCGUACAGCCCCCGGGAACGAGGGACUAAUAAUAAGCCAUCAUAUUACACAACCCCCCCGCGUCGCCGGCAACAAUGGCCCGCGCGGUACCAGACCCCAUCCCCUAGUUCCGAUUAUAUUGCACAGUCCGCCCGGACAGAAGACGAUUAUAUUGCUACGCCGGCGAGUCGUAUGCCGGGCGCCUUUGUUGACGACGACGACGACGUAACACCAGAGUACAACAGUGGAUACACGCAAUAUCGACCCGACGAUAGCUCACCGCUCCAACGCUCUGCCCCUAAAUCCUAUGACCGAGAGAAGCCACCGCCUCGAUGCCGUGCUGCUCCCAAAGACUACGGCCAUGAUCCACCGCGGCACCAUCGUCAUCGUGACUCCGACCUGACCAGCAGCAACUGGGACCGCAAGCACGACACGGCGCGGACCCGGAGCCGCAGUCGUAGCCGCAGCCGCGUCAAGCACCUCCAACCACAUGAACUCGAAAAUUUCCACGAAGCAAGGCAAUUUCUCGAGCGCUUCCGUGCCCUCAGCAUUAAGCACACUGCCCGCCCCAUCGGCGCCUACUCAAGCGACGAGGAGCGCGACGAUGCCCGGAGCCUGCGAUCACGCCACAGCAGUGUAUCCAGGGAACGCCCUGCAACAUACAUUUCCUCGUGUCGAAACAGCAGCAACGCAAAGAGCAAGCGCAUCGAGGCCGCUAACGACGCAGCCGUAGCUUGGUACCGCAGCUCCCACCGCUACAAGGACGACGCAUAUGCUUCAUCUCCUGAACGCACCACGGGCUUCAGCCAACCCCCCCGCCAAAGCAGACUCGACCGCUACGAGCGACGCCCAAGCUACAAGCUGCUUACCCGAGAUGCUGCCGCACAGGACUCUGAUACAGAUUCUCUAGGUCGCGACCCAUCGACCACGCGCUCCUAUCUUUCUCGCCCCCCAUCCACAACCCCUUCCUACAUGUCCCGUUCUCGCUCGCGCUCUCGUGCCCCAUCCACCGCCCCUUCAUACGUUUCCCCCUCCCCCUCCCCUUCUCGACCCCGUUCCCCGCCUUCCUUCAGCCGUGCAGUGACUACUACGCACCGCCGUUCGUCGUACAGCUCCGACAACGGCAUCGGUGAGGGAAGCGAUUACCUUCCCAGCGACGACUCCGAAGAAGAACAUGCGAGACGCCAUUUUUCAGACGACGACAGGUACGAGCGCAGAGGGGCGUAUAGUGAUGAUAAUGGCGUGGGCGAGGGGAGCGAUUAUGUUUCUAGUGAUGAUGAUCAUCAUCAUGUCGAUGAUAGGAGGGGGGGUAGGUAUGCGAGGGGCAAGAUGUAUAGUGCACGUGAGCGCGUGAGGGAAGAAGAUGAGGAUGAAGAAGAGCAUAGUUAUAGUAAAGGGUGGGGUGUUGGGAACAGGGGCGAGACGACGGGAGGCAGACGGUAUUGGGAGGGAGGAGUGGGGAUAUAGAUGAUGAUGCCCUUUUUUUUGAGCUUUUCUUUUUCAUUAUGUUUUGCAAUUGGACUUCUUGGGGCUUUUGGCGAUGAAUACCAUGAUUAAUGACACUUUUUUCCUUGAGCCAUGGCGGAGUGACAACUCACUUGAUGAUUGUUUUUCAUUCCCUUCUCUUGUUUAGUCCUAUG